GCCGGCGCGGCGCGGCGUGGCCAUGGCGCUGUUCUGCAUCCGCAGGUACGGCGAGGAGGACGAGCGCAAGGAGGAGGCGGAGGCCGAGAGCCGGGCGCGGGUCCUGCUGGAGCGGCUGCAGCACCAGGCCAGGGCCCGGCAGCAGAAGAAGCAGCGAGAGGCGCCGGCCCAGGGAAGGGAAGGGUCGGGGGAGCGCAGGCUGAGCCCCGGGGGGGAGCCCCGAGAAGGAAAGGGGAAGAGGAAAAGGGAGAGUGAGGAGCAGCCCAGUGCGCGUAGACAGAAGAAGGUAAAGACAAAACAGCCCCGCAGCCCUUCGGAAGAAAGGGCUGGUACUGAGGAGGCAGCAGAUGGCAGCAGCCCCACAAAGAAGAAGAAAGCAAAUAGAAGAAAAUCGAAAGUGCAGGCGGAGGGGACUGAAGCAGAUUCUGAAGAAGACAUCAAACAACAGGACAGCAGAAACAACUUUAAAAAGAAGUCUAAUAAGGGGAGGAAGGCAGAUGAGGAAACACAAGGGGAUGAAACAGGGAAGAAAGAGAGCAGUGAAAAAGCUGGAGGAGGUAAACCUACAGAGGAGGAGGUGCCCUUAGUAGCCUCAGGGGAAGGGGCAGAUUGUGGCCCCUCCAGUAUGAUGAUCCUCGGAGACUACGAAGCAAAGCCAGUGCAGAAGGUCCAGCCCUUCUUGCCUCAGUGGCUUGCUGAGCCCCGCCGGGUGCAGAAGCGCAUCAGGGAGAAUCUGUGUCCAGUCAGGGACGUGCCAGGAAUCCACCCCAGGCUGCUGAAAAAGCUGCAGAUGAAUGGAAUAGACUCCUUUUUUCCAGUCCAGGCAGAGGUGAUUCCUGCUAUCCUGCAGAGUGCAGCCCAUGGGUUCCUGCAGGGCCGGGGCGGGUUCCGCCCCAAGGACAUCUGUGUGUCAGCCCCCACAGGCAGUGGGAAAACCCUGUCCUUUGUCAUCCCCAUCGUGCAGGUUCUGUUGGAUCGAGUGGUUUGCCACGUCCGAGCUCUGGUUGUUCUGCCCACCAAAGAGCUGGCACAGCAGGUGAGUAAAGUGUUCAACGUUUACACUGACGGGACAGGUCUGAAGGUCGUUUUGAUUACUGGCCAGAAAUCUUUUGCAAAGGAGCAGGAGAUGCUUGUCCAGAAAAAAGUGACAGGCUACUGCAGCCUGGCUGACAUUGUGGUGGCCACGCCAGGGAGGCUCACGGAUCACAUUAACCAGACCCCAGGCUUCAGCCUGACACAGCUUCGCUUCCUGAUCGUGGAUGAAGCUGACCGUAUGAUUGAUGACAUGCACCAGAACUGUCUGAACCAAAUUGUCAGAGCUGCAUUCCAAGGAGAAAAUCAUUCUGGCGCCAACAUGCUUUUUCAGAGGACCAAACCAGGGCCUUUGACAGCAGCCAGUUCCUGCUCUCCCCAGAUACCCCUGCAGAAACUGCUGUUUUCAGCCACACUGACCCAGGACCCAGAGAAAUUGCAGCAGCUGGAUUUAUUCCAGCCUCGUCUCUUCACAUCUGUGUAUUCUGAGAAAAAUAGAGAUGGAACAGAGACUGAACAAAAUACCAAUAAUAAAUACACACUCCCAGAGGGGCUGUCGCAAUGUUAUGUGCCUUGUGACCUGAACUCCAAGCCCUUGCUCCUCUUGUAUUUCAUGCUGAAAAUGAAAUUCACCCGUGUGUUGUGCUUCACCAACUCCAGGGAAGCCUCUCACAGGUUGUUCCUGCUGGUUCAAGCCUUUGGUGGAGUCACAGUGGCAGAGUUUUCUUCUCGGUUAACUCCAAAUGAGAGAAAGAGAACCAUGAAGGAGUUUGAGCAAGGAAAAAUACAACUGUUAAUCAGCACAGAUGCCACAGCCCGAGGGAUUGAUGUGAAAGGAGUGAAUUAUGUGAUAAACUAUGAUGCACCCCAGUUCAUCAGGACCUACAUUCACCGGGUUGGAAGAACAGCUCGUGCAGGAGAAGCAGGUGUUGCUUUCAGCUUGGUCCUUAGAAUUCAGGAGCGGCGCUUCCUGCGGAUGCUCAGGGAUGCUGGCAUCCAGGAUAUCCAGAAACACCCAGUGAAGGGCAACUCCCUGAAGCCACUGGUGCAGCAAUAUGAGGGAGCUCUGUGUAAGCUCGAGAAGACAGUCAAGAAUGAGCGGGCACAGAAGCGAGCCUGAGGAGUGGAAGCUGAGGUGGCACUGAAGCUGCUGCGUGGGACAGGCCAUGGCUGCUCCCAGCACUGAGUCAUGGCCCCUCAGUUCCUCAACCUUAUCAUAUCUCAUGUCAGCUAUUGCCUUAUUCCUCUUUCAAGGACACUGUGAACAGAGUUCAGUUGCUGGUUUAAAAAAAAAGAAAAAAAAAGAUAAAUUUUGAGAUACAGAUUGUCUUGAAGAGGACUUUGCAUCAUAUCCUGCUGGCAUGUGUAAAUUACCACCAGCCUGAGCAUGGCCUAAUGGAACUGCUGUGCUCCAGUGGUGAGGGCUGGGCCCUCAUUCCUGCCCUGGGACAAUGGUUCUGUGUGUCUGCAGAUGCAUAAACACCUGUGCAGUGCCUAAAGCAGAAAUGCGUUUGAAGAGCUGCUCUAGGCACUGUGACUCCAACUUUUAAGUAAAUAUUAAAUAAAUAUUAUAUAUAUUUUUAAAACACUGUCUAAUAAAGAUUCCUGGGCUCAGGAAUUGGACU